UCUCUCUCUCUCUCUCUCUCUCUCUCAUUUCAGUCUCUUUCGCUGUUAAAUAUUUUCUCCUGAGAUUUUUUCUUCAAUUCCAAUUCAGUGAGCAUUUUUGUUUGUAUCUCCGAUCUGAAUUCCGGCGAUCAAACUACGACAGCGUCUAAUUCAACGUUUUAAAUUACUCUGUGUGAGAGAGAUUUGCGCUCUGGAUUUGCAUUUUUAUAACCCUUUAUGCAAAGCAGUGUGUAUCGUGAUAAAGCUAGCUCGAUCGCCAUGAUCUUGGAAACUCAGAGGAAUGUUGAAUUCCCUCAUAGGAUCGUUGAUAAGCGUCCCAGGAAACGGCCCCGAUUGACUUGGGAUGCUGCUGCGCCUCUUCUUCCUCCUCCUCCUCCUCCUCCUCCACCCACGGUAUUUCAACCUCCGUUGUACUAUGGUCCGGAGUUUGCGAGCGGAGUAGUUCCCAAUUUUGUUUACCCAAACAUGUUCUAUAAUGGCCUUCCUCGUCAGGGCUCUCCUCCCUGGAGACCAGAUGAUAAAGAUGGCCAUUAUGUCUUUGUUGUUGGAGAUACUUUGACUCCACGAUAUCAAAUUCUCAGCAAAAUGGGUGAAGGUACAUUCGGACAAGUAUUGGAAUGUUUUGAUAAUAAAAACAAAGAAGUCGUGGCAAUCAAAGUUAUACGGUCCAUAAGCAAGUAUCGUGAAGCUGCCAUGAUAGAAAUUGAUGUGCUGCAGAGGCUUACAAGGCAUGAUGUUGGUGGUUCUCGUUGUGUGCAAAUACGGAAUUGGUUUGACUAUCGUAAUCAUAUUUGUAUUGUAUUUGAGAAGCUUGGGCCAAGCUUAUAUGAUUUUCUCCGCAAAAACAGCUACCGUUCAUUUCCCAUUGACCUUGUUCGGGAGCUUGGCAGACAACUUUUGGAGUCUGUAGCAUAUAUGCAUGAUUUACGGCUGAUCCACACGGACUUGAAGCCAGAGAACAUUCUUUUGGUAUCGUCUGAAUAUAUCAAAAUACCUGAUUAUAAGUUUCUGUCACGACCCACGAAAGAUGGGUCAUACUUCAAGAAUCUACCCAAGUCAAGUGCCAUCAAGCUCAUUGAUUUCGGAAGUACAACAUUUGAACAUCAAGACCAUAACUACAUUGUAUCCACAAGGCAUUACCGCGCACCAGAAGUUAUCUUAGGGGUUGGAUGGAACUAUCCAUGCGAUCUGUGGAGCAUUGGUUGCAUACUUGUUGAACUUUGCUCGGGAGAGGCGCUUUUCCAAACGCAUGAAAACUUGGAACAUUUGGCCAUGAUGGAAAGGGUCCUAGGACCUUUACCACCUCAUAUGGUGCUCAGAGCCGACCGGCGCUCUGAGAAAUACUUCAGGCGAGGUGCAAAGUUAGACUGGCCUGAAGGUGCGACAUCAAGAGACAGCUUAAAAGCAGUAUGGAAACUUCCCCGGCUACCGAACCUGAUAAUGCAGCAUGUGGAUCACUCAGCCGGGGAUCUGAUAGACCUAUUACAAGGGCUGCUUCGAUAUGAUCCAACAGAGAGGUUCAAGGCAAGAGAAGCACUGAACCAUCCCUUCUUCACAAGAAGCCGGGAACAGAGUAUACCCUUCAACCCAAACCCUCAUCCAUUUUUAUACAACCAAAAGAACUAAAAAAAGAAGAAACAGCAGAUGACGUUUGGAGAAAUCUGCAGUUUCUGUGUAUCCUUUACUUUCCUGUGUUUUUGUAGCAUUUUAUUAUAUAUGAUUUUCAUGUAUAGAAAUGAAAGAAAGAGAGAAAGGUUUGUGCCUAAUUUUUUCUUAUCUGUUGUUGUUGUGGUUUCUUGUGUUCACUUUUCGACCACAACAACUGUUGCUCCAUGGCUAUUGUAAGAGUUAUUUUACAGUUACUUACUUUACAACACAAAGUGAAUGUUACA